CUCCACGCAUUUCAUCUUGGGCUUCAUGAAGAGCAAGGAAUCCACAAAGAAAUUAUCCAUCUUCAUCUUUAACCCGAACCCAGUGAACACAGAACCAGCUACUGUCGUUGCGAGGGGACAUAAUGACAUGUCAUAUUAUGUCGAGUUAAUUGUGUCAGCAAUGUCUGGCUAUACUCUGAUUGUCCCGGGGAAGUUUGAGGUUACAGAAGCAGGUACACACAGGAAAGGAAUUUUUAUUUCAUCUAGCCAGAACCUUAUCAUCACAGGCAAUAAUCGCGCGGACCAGGGGACUUACUCCUAUACUGAUAGCUUCCAUGCUCUCCCUGAAGACUCACUCGGAACUUCCUACUAUGCUGUGACCGCAAACGAUCGAGCGGAAAUCCUCAUUGUUGCCGGAUAUGAUGAUACUGAUGUUACAAUAACAGUAAACGGCAUUAUCAGACAUAAAGGGAAAAGCUACAGUACCGGACAGUCCUUCACAGAAACCCUAGAGGAAUUCGAUACUUUGCUGGUUCAGGCUGCAGAUUCAGGUAGUUUGACCGGAACUCACAUAUCAUCGGAUAUUGUCGUAAGUGUCUACAGUGGCAAUGAGUACACGGCUAUCGGGAUGAGUAACCAUCUGGUGCAGCAACUUGCCCCUGUACAGACGUGGUCCGAUUUUUACAUGCUUAUACCACCCUUAUCUACCGAGUUUGACGUGAUCAUUGUCGCUGUCUACCCAGGCACCGAGGUGAAUGUUACUUGUGAUGUUCCCAUAGCACAAUCACAGAUUACGUUAAAUGAGGCUGGGUCAUCGGUUUCCAGGGAUAUGACAGACCGCAAAUGUUACGUAGAAGCAAGUAAGCACGUGUCCGUAACGAUGCUCGUGAGAAGUAGCCGAUUUGAUCCGGCCAUGAUCAGAAUUCAACCAACUAUCGUUUUUCAGUCCACACAAAUUAGAAUGUUCAUUUCUAAACCCACCGACUUUACAACCGUCAUUGUUUUAUUCAGCACAACAAAGGGAAAUGUUUUGUUAGACAACGAACCGGUCAGUUUCACAUCUAUACUCGAGUACUACUAUGCAAGGAUAGGUAUCAGCACAGGCUCUCACAAACUUAGCUGUAGAUUCGGUGAUUGUAUGCUCUCCGCUUACAUCCAUGGAUAUCACAACAACGAAGCAAUGGGAGCUCCUAUAGUUUUCAGAAAAUUGUCAACCGAGGAACAGACUACGCCGACUCCUCUGUCAACUGGGGAACAGUCUUCGCCGACGCAUCAGUCAACUGGGGAACCAUCUACGCCGACGCAUCAGUCAACCGGGGAACCAUCUACGCCGACGCAUCAGUCAACCGGGGAACCAUCUACGCCGACGCAUCAGUCAACCCGGGAACAGUCUACGCUAACUCAUCAGUCAACCCGGGAACAGUCUACGCCGACGCAUCAGUCAACCGGGGAACCAUCUACGCCGACGCAUCAGUCAACCAGGGAAGAGUCUACGCCGACGCAUCAUCAAUUAUCAACAGAACCAACCUAUGAUAUAUCAUCCUAUACAACAACCUUACUGAGACGUAUUACAACAUUACAGGGAGAAUACACUAACAUGUCGGUACAGACAGUCACGACCCAGAUGCCAAAAAAAACUACAAAAACAUUGAACCAGACGUGCGAAUGCUAUGGAUAUUCGUGUCAACAGAGCAACUACAGUCAAGAGCAGCUGGAGAAUCUGGUGGCGGAGCUGAAGCAGGAAUUGCUUGUAGCAAAGCGCGCAACCUCUAACCAUAAACGGACAUUGGUCUGCGCCCGAGACCACCGAACUUCCGCCAAGGUUGCUGGGUACAUGGCCGGGACUGUCCUCGUAAUAUUGGCGGUGGGCAUGUUGAUCGUAGACAUUCCAAAUCUAUGGGGCAUGCUCAAAACAAUCAAACGUAAUCUUUGCAAUAGGACGCCAUGAUAUUGGUGGUGGGGAUGUUGAUUUUUCAAAACAAUCAAACAUUAAAUCUAUAAACGACGUCGCCGUGAUAUUGGUGAUAGAGAUGUUGAUGUUUUUGUAAAACAAUAAAAUGUAA